AUCCGGAGCCAAGCCGAGCUCAGCGCCUCAGCUCCCCCUCCUCCUCGUCCCAUUCCCGGUUUCCUCCUCCGAUUUCCCCCAAAUCCGCACGCCUCUCCCCUCCGCCUCCAUUUUUCCCGAUUCCCAAUUCCCAAAUCCGGAUCAGCCGCAGCCGCAGCAGCAAAAAAUUUCGAAAUCCAAAUCCAAACCCAUCCCCCCCACGACGACGUCACCCACAUCCCCACCCCCGCGAGACGAGACGAGACGACUCCCAAAUCUCUCUCUCCUCUCUCCUAUGCGCGCCGCCGCCGCCGCCGCAGCAGCAGCAGCUAGGAGGCGGAGCAGCAGCAGCAGCAGCAGCUGAGAUGAUCGUGCGCACCUACGGCCGCAGAUCCCGCUCCUUCUCCGACGGGGGAGGAGGGGAGCGCGGCGGCGGCGGUGGGUUCUCGUCGUCGCAAGACGCGUUCGAAUUCGACGGGGAGGAGGAGGACGACCUCGUCCUGCUGGGGUCGUCGUCGCAGUCGUCGCACCCGCCCGCGCCGUCGCAGGAGUCGUCGUCGAUGUGGGACUUCGACGAGGACCCGCCGCCGCCGCCCCGGCGGCGGCGGGGGAGGGGUGGGGGUGGGGACUACGCGGAGCCCGCCACGGCGGCGGCGGCGGCGGCGGCGGCCACCUCGCUCAUGGAGGCGGAGGAGUACGGCGAGAUGAUGGAGAGCGUGGACGAGGCGAACUUCGCGCUCGACGGGCUGCGCGCCACCGCGCCGAGGCGGGUGCGCCGGGCCAGCUUCCUCGCGCUGCUCGGGAUCUGCGCCUCCGCGCCGCGCCGCCGCGUCCUCCGGGCCCAGGGAUUGGUGCAACAAAUUAUUGAUGCAAUUUUGGUUUUGAACAUUGAUGAUCCUCCCUGCACUAUUGGUGCAGCUGCUCUUCUAUUCGUUUUGGCAAGUGAUGUUCAAGAAAAUCAUUUGUUGGAUUCAGAAUCUUGUGUCCAUUUUCUUCUUAAAUUAUUAAAUCCUCCAGUGAAUCUUGUUGAUUCCAAAGCACCAUCGAUAGGUUCCAAACUUCUUGGAAUCAGUAAAGUUCAAAUGCUUAAUGGAUCAAAUAAGGAUUCUGACUGCAUUUCAGAGGAAAUCCUUUCAAAAGUUGAAGAGAUUCUCUUAAGCUGUCAAGAGAUCAAGUCGCUCGACAAAGAUGACAAGAAAACAACAAGGCCAGAACUGUGUCCAAAGUGGCUUGCUUUGUUGACAAUGGAAAAGGCAUGCUUGUCUGCUGUUUCAGUGGAGGAGACUUCUGACACUGUGUCCAGAGUCGGAGGAAAUUUUAAAGAGACAUUAAGGGAGUUGGGCGGUCUUGAUAGUAUUUUUGACGUUAUGAUGGAUUGCCAUUCAACAUUGGAGAAUCUCAUAAAGGAUACCUCAACUUCAGCUUUGGACCUAAAUGAAGGAACAUCUUUGCAAAGUGCCGCUCUCCUCUUGAAAUGUUUGAAAAUAUUGGAAAAUGCCACAUUUCUAAGCGAUGAUAACAAGACCCAUUUGCUUAAUAUGAGUAGAAAAUUGUACCCGAAACGCUCCUCGCUUUCUUUUGUUGGUGUCAUUAUCAGUAUUAUUGAGUUAUUAUCAGCUCUUUCAAUACUGCAGAAUUCUUCUGUUGUUUCCAGCUCUACAUAUCCGAAAUCGUCUAAAGUCUCUCAACAGAGUUGCUCUGAUGUCAUGGGGGGAACUUCAUUUAAUGAUGGAAAGCGCAAGAACUCGAAGAAAAAAAACCUUUUGUCGAACCAGACACGCCAUAGUUGCUUAUCUUCAAAAUCAGAAGUUUCUCAUAUUACUAUAUCUUCUGGUAGUGAUGCUGGUCUGUCACAGAAGGCAUUCAAUUGUUCUCCAUCUAUAUCAAGCAAUGGGGCAUCAAGUGGUUCAUUAGGCGAGAGACAUAGCAAUGGUGGUGCUUUGAAGUUGAAUAUAAAAAAGGAUCGUGGCAAUGCAAAUCCAAUUAGAGGCUCAAGUGGGUGGAUUUCAAUAAGAGCGCACAGUUCUGAUGGGAACUCCAGAGAAAUGGCAAAAAGACGCCGUCUAUCUGAAAAUGUAAUCACCGACAGUGGUGGCGGUGAUGACCCUUUUGCUUUUGAUGAUGUUGAUCAGGAGCCUUCAAAUUGGGAACUGCUUGGUCCAAAAAAGAAAUCGCCUCAGAAACAUCAAGACAAAUCAGGAAAUGGAGUGCUAGUUGCAAGUCAUGAACCAGACCAACCUGAAGAUCUUAAUCAGUCGGGUACAACAUCUCUUUUUAGUGCUAAAGAUGAAUCCAGUCUUUUGGAAGACUGCCUCUUGGCAUCAGUUAAGGUUCUUAUGAACUUAGCAAAUGACAACCCAUCUGGUUGUGAAUUGAUUGCGUCAUGUGGUGGACUUAACACCAUGGCCUCCUUGAUCAUGAAGCAUUUCCCCUCAUUUUGUUUUGUCGUGGACAACAACUAUAACACGAGAGAUGUCAAUCUUGAUCAUGAGUUAUCAUCUUCUCAAAACAGCAAGGCACACCAGGUCAAAAUUAAGCAAUUGCGAGAUCAUGAACUUGAUUUUCUGGUUGCCAUAUUGGGCUUGCUUGUUAACCUUGUAGAGAAGGAUAGCCUUAAUAGGGUACGGCUUUCAUCUGCCCGUGUUCCUGUUGAUCUAUCUCAGAAUCCACAGAGUGAAGAGACACAGAGAGAUGUCAUAGCACUCCUCUGUUCUGUAUUCUUAGCAAGUCAAGGUGCUAGUGAAGCUUCUGGAACUAUAUCACCGGAUGAUGAGGAGUCUUUGAUGCAAGGAGCACGGGAAGCUGAAAUGAUGAUCGUAGAGGCCUAUGCAGCCCUUCUUCUUGCGUUUCUUUCAACUGAAAGCAUGAAGGUUCGUGGAGCCAUUUCCAGCUGCCUUCCAAAUAACAGCUUAAAAAUCCUUGUGCCUGCGCUAGAGAAAUUUGUGUCGUUCCAUCUGCAGCUCAAUAUGAUCACAGAGGAAACGCACUCAGCUGUCACAGAAGUUAUCGAGAAAUGCAAACUUUCAUAGAAAGAGUGAAGAGGGGCCUGUACAGAUCAACUAACAACCUCUUUGCAGCAAAAAAGCAUACACACAAGUGUUUGUCUUGGCCUGGGGCUCUGCAGAUGGACUGAUACUCUGACCUGCAGUGGGCUUGGGAGCUAACAAUGGUUUCAUUCUUUUUUUUUUUAUGUUUUCCCCUGUUGUUUUUGCUCAUGUUUUGUGUAAUUUUUUCUUCUCAUCUAGCGAUGUUAUUUUUCUUAGCAUGAUGGGAGUAGCCCUCCUUUUUUUUUUCUCUAAUUAAGUGUAAAGUAGCAACAGCAUAGGGAUGAAUGUUCAGUGUAGUGUGUGGUGUUUCAGUUAUUCAGAGACGUCCAUACAGUUUGUACCUUGUGACCACACGUCUUAAUCUGAUGAAGCUUAGAAUAAAUCACAUGUUAGCAAUGCAA